AUGCUCAGAUUCGCCAGGGUGUCUGGAUGCGCCUGCACAGCUCGCCUUUUCUCUUCGUACCGAGGAGGCUAUCAAUCAUCGAGACGCGACAUGCAGACUGCGACUGCCUUCCGCCCUCAUACUCUGCCGGACAACUUCCCUCCGCCUCGCAACACCGGCGUCCCAGACACAUCUAUCGCCGCAGAUGCUCCAUUUAACACAGCAAAGCCCGCAGCCUCUUCCUCCACCUCGCAAAAAUCUCCAGUUAGUCUGAGAGAAGGCGAGGCGCAAAAGUCUGCGCCUCCUCAAUCUACUUUCACCGCGGCGUCGGCCGAUUCUACAACAAAACCUCGUCGUUCCAGGCUUCGUCCCAGAAAGGCCGCCAUGGUACUGACCCCGCUGGCCGUGAGCCAAUUGAAAUCUAUGCUGUCCCAGCCUGAUCCCAAGAUGAUCCGCGUUGGGGUCAAGAACCGAGGCUGCUCGGGAUUGGCCUACCACCUCGAAUAUGUUGAGAAGCCUGGCAAAUUCGACGAGGUUGUUGAGCAGGAGGGCGUCAAGGUGCUCAUUGAUAGCAAGGCUUUAUUCAGCAUUAUUGGAAGCGAGAUGGACUGGCAGGAAGACAAACUCAGCCAACGUUUUGUAUUCCGCAAUCCAAACAUAAAGGAACAAUGUGGAUGCGGAGAAUCUUUUAUGGUCUAG